AGUCCAUCCACCAUCCUCCCAGCAGCGACCAUGUAGCAUUUCAUACCACUCCCGGUCGCCCCAGGGCUCCCUGUACCAUUCAACUCCCCAAUCGAAACAGCGACAACAAGCACGAGGGCAACGAUCCUCCCCGACGAAACCUCUGUCUCGACGCGCCGCUCUCCCAUCCACCAUGUCGUCCAUCAAACCCCAAACAGCACCCCCUCCCACCACGCACGUCCUCCUCUCCUACCCAGCCGACUACGUCCUCCUCGUCACCAUCAACCGCGAACGACAGAUGAAUUCGAUUCCCUUCGAGGGCCACCUGGAAAUGGGCCUCGUGUUUGACUGGUUCGAUCACGAGCCCAAUCUACGCGUCGCCAUUGUUACAGGAGCCGGCAAGAAGAGUUUCUGCGCAGGCCAGGACCUCAUUCAACUCGGAAAGAUAAGGAGCGGGGAGCUCAAAGCGAGUCCGGGGUUGAUGAGGCAUCCGUUGAGUGGGUUUGGGGGGCUGAGUAGGAGGAUGGGGAGGAAGCCGGUUAUUGCUGCUGUUAAUGGGUUUGCGCUGGGUGGAGGGUUUGAGAUUGUUCUGGGUUGUGAUAUGGUAGUAGCAGCACCACACGCAACGUUUGGUCUCCCAGAAGCGCUUCGCGGCAUCUUCGCCGGCGCAGGAGGCCCGCCUCGUCUCGUCCGCAACGUCGGACUACCCAUCGCAUCUGAAAUGGCACUGACCGGCCGUCCCAUCACCGCACAGCGAGCCAAGGAGCUCAACCUCGUGAACCGAAUAUCGCCAUCCCAGGAUACCGUCGUGGAAGAGGCAUUGAAGCUGGCGAAUGAGAUUGCGGCCAUUUCACCCGAUUCGGCAAUCGUCACACGGGCAGCGCUAAAGGAAGCUUGGGAAACGGGCAGUGUGGAACGGGCUACGCAGUUGACGAUUGAACAGUAUAAUCACGGUUUGAACGCGGGUGAGAAUGCGCUCGAAGGGCUAAAGGCUUUUGCUGAGAAGCGGAAACCGAAUUGGCGGCCUUCUAAGCUGUAGAUGUGAGAUUGAGAGAUAUUGGGCUCGCUGGACCUACGCUUUUUAGCAGUAGGUAGCUUACCGUUUUGCACUUGCAUUUUCCAAAACAUUCUUCAGGCGUUCUUGCUCGGUAUCAAGUGGCUAAGUCGUUCCUCGCAACGACGAAACUUUGUCCGUCAUCAUGUGUAAUGACAAAAUUUGGCAAUGUUUUCCUAUACAGGUACUGAGUAGUUUCGCAGGGACUAGAAGAUCUGAUAGAUACAAGCU